GCAUGGAUGGCUUGUCGAUACAGUCAUCAACGCUAAUUCACUGUGGCAAUGAGGCUGAUGUCGGAUUGUUGAAAGACUCGGCUUGGCGGUGCACCAGUGGAUAGGCUGUUAUCAUGGAGUGUCAACAAGAUUGUUCAUUUACCACGAAAUCAUAAAUAUCCCUUGGCUGAUUGAUUAACUGACUGAUUGAUGACAUUGCCUCCGUUUCAUCGAUGGCAGUUCCUGUUCACUCACAUCCACUGAACUAUAUAGUAGCCGUGAUUGGAGCAGCAGACGCUGCCAGCUUGAGGAGAUCGACAAGCAAGUCGUUGCCGAUGCAAGCUAGCUGCCAGGGUCAGUUAUCACUAGGUCAUCCUGGAAAACGAUUCUUAAUUCAGCCCGAGCCAACUCCGAGACUUCCAACGAAGAACGCACAUGGUCCAACAAUUCCACGUGUGGAGUUCCCGAACGGCCCCUUCGGCCGACAUUAAGGACUGCCAGCGAGGGGGUACGGAAUACUGUACAGUACAACGCACACUAUAUGGGAAAGCACAGAUGUAUCAACUACCGUCUAGUGUAAGUUGUGGUGCAUGGGGCGGCCCACUGUGACGUUUACAAUUCAGUAUACCCCCACCAUUCCCCC